AUGGAGACCAUUCGACGAAUCAUGACCAACAAGCCGUUGGCACGUAGCUCAGACGGAUGCUGGACAUGUCGUCUCCGCCGAAAGAAAUGUGACGAGGGCAGGCCUCGCUGCGCAGCUUGUGCGACCCUCGAGAUAUCGUGCCUCUACAGCGAUGAGAAGCCCGAGUGGAUGGAUGGUGGUGAACAGCAGGCAAAGAAGGCCGAGGAGGUGAAAGCAGAGGUGAAGAAGAAGGCGGCCUGGAGGAGGGAACGGAAGUACCUGACCGGCAUAGAACCCGGUAUCGAGGAAUUGAGCAUGGCCGAUGCUAUUUCGGACCUGACCUUCACCAACCACCAAGAUGAGAGCAGCAGAGCAGCUCCCACGAGGGCAGACAAGGGGGCGUCAUCGGAAAGCAGCCCUUGGGACUCGCCGCAAAACUCCACGCCAGAUGGAACAAGUGACAACACGACUCCAUCCUCAACCUCCGAGCCGGGCGCUCAUCUCGCCGCGGACGGUCCGUAUGUCCAGGGACAACAUUUUCCGGCACAUGAGACACCACCAGCAGCCUCAGCUCCUUCAGUAGGCUUCAACAAUCUCAAUGAGCAUGAACUCCUAAAUCUCACCAAUUACCUCGAUUACGUUUUCCCUUUCCUCUUUCCCUUCUACAGGCCGCCACUGCUACCUUCUGGCCGUGGCUGGUUAUUUAUAUUGCUCAUACGCAAGACGACCCUGCUCCACUCGGCGCUGUCACUGUCGACAUACUUUUCUGCAGUCGUCACCGAAAAGCUGAUCUCCGGCCACGGGUCUUGCCGCGAGCACCUCCGCUGCGAGCUGGAGAAACAACACGAGCUGACUCUGAGGGAGCUGCAGAACGACGUCGCGGUGGUAAACCAGAAAGGCGUUGGUUCAGACCUGGUCGAAAGUGCUCGGAUUAUGGAGAGUAUCGUCCAGCUGGUGGUCUUCGAGGUCGCCGUGACCCGGAGAGUCUCUAGUGCUGAGAGCUGGAUGGUGCAUCUCGACGGGGCCUUUGUCAUGUUUGAACAAAUUAUGGAGGCUCAUGGCUCGACUGGCGAAGGGGAUGCGAAGCACUACUGCUGGCACGCAAUAACGGCGCAGCUGGGGGCUGGCUCACCGAUGCCCACACUGGGAUUCACGCCCUCCGGAGACCCGUUUCCUUCUAAUUCUGACCAGUCGGCAAUGCGCUUCUUCACGACGCUCUUGCUAUUUGCGGAUGUCGUGUCCGCCACGGCACUGGAGACGUCCCCAAGGCUGUUCAGCUUCCAUGCCAUCUUACUCGACUCCAUCUCGGGAGACUUCGGCGGAGUCGCCAUCAACGGACCACAGCUCGACCUCGAGAGUGUUGUCGGCGUCAAAAAUGAUGCUAUUAUCCUACUCGCGCAGGUGGCAGACCUGCACGCCUGGAAGAAGGAGAUGACAAAUGCAGGGUCAUUGUCGGUGGUCCAGCUGGUCACACGCGCAUCGCAGAUUGAAACACUCCUCCGGGGCCUGAUUGAGUGCCUGGAGCAGGAGAGACAGAACGCUUGUAACAUCAACAACAAUCAGCCCACGAUGGACAUGAUCGACUUUAUCUCGCAGCACAACGUCGGCUCGUCCCUCGCCAAGGGCUCAAGCACCGUCUGGACCAGCUUGGUCUGGGCGCACGCCACACUCACAUACUUAUCCACCGUCGUGUCUGGGUGGCAGCCGUCAUGCCCUGAAAUCAGAGCAAGCGUCGCUGCCACGAUCGCCCUGCUCGCCGAUGCGCCCGCGCCCGCCUCGGUCCGGUCUGUCGUGUGGCCCUUCUGCGUAACCGGGUGUCUCGCUCUGCCUGAGGAGGAGGGUUUCUUUCGCGGCACGGUGGAGGCGCUAGGAACGCUGUCGAGCUUUGGAACGAUCGCGGCGGCGCUUCGAGUUAUGGAAGGCGUAUGGGCGCGGAGGGGCCAGCUUGGGCCGGAGUGGACUAUGGCUGACGGGCUGAGAGAGGUCGGAACGGCCGUUUUGCUCUUCUAG